CACCGCUAAAAAAUGGAGGAAGACCGCACAUGAUCAUGCCGAAUUAGGAAUUAAAGAACAGAAAGAAGAAAAUUAAGAAUUUAUUAGGCCUAUUAGGAUCUUCUUUGCUAAAUUAUGGUUUCAGUUUGAAGUAUUUUUGCAGUCAAUUAUUUCAAAUCAUGGGGAGUAGCAGUCGCUCCAGAUCUAGAUCCCUAUCCCGAUCGCGCUCAAAGAGUCCCAUACGACUGGACAGAUUUGGUCGAGUCAUUCCAAAAGACAGAGAAAGAAGUCGAAGUCGCAGUCCCAUUCGAGCUUAUCCCAGGAUCAGACGGAGAAGCCCACUCAAAGUUAUCUUACCGGUACGACGGCGAAGGUCAAGGUCUCGAUCAAGGUCAAGAAGUUCUCAUGGGUCGAGAAGUUCUCAAAGAAGGCACUUCAGGCCUAGGAGUAGGAGCUCUCGGCGCUCGACGUCCAGAAGGGGGUCUCGAAGUAGAAGCAGAAGCCGUGGCAGAAGUCGAUCUCGCUCAAAUCAGAGGGAAAAGUCGCCUGGAAUACAUGGUUCAACAAAUAUUCAUGAUGUAGAACUCAUGAAAGCGAGAGUUUUUAUCGGGAAUUUACCCUACGAUAAAGUUACGAAGGAAGAACUUGAAACUAUGUUUGCCAAAUAUGGAAAGAUUCUAGGCAUUUCCACACACGAGCGAGGAUUUGGUUUUGUGCAGUUUUCCACUGAAGAGGAAGGACUUGAAGCAGUAAAGAACGAGGACGGAGGCCUCCUAAAGGGUUAUAAACUUGACGUGAAAAUGGCCCUGGAAGGCAGAAGAGGAGGAGGAAAACCGCCCCCAAGGCCAGGUCCUCGUGGAGGUUCACCAGGACCGUACGCAGACAGAUUUGCCCCCAAACCAGGCAGUAGAGAAGGGCUUCCCCCCGGGCCACCAGCAGAAGAAAGGUACCCCCCACCAGCCGGAGGGAGACGGCCACCCCCCGGGGCUCCACUUGAGGGACGUGAACGUUCACCACUCCGUGGCGACCCUUAUGAGGACAGAUACAGAGAUCCCUACAGAGACCCAGCACUGCCACCACCCAGAAGAGACGAUCCAUAUUACUCAGAUCCAUACAGACGACCUCCUCCUCCAGAUGACCCAUAUUUUGACAGAUACAGAGAUGAUCCAUACAGGUACCGACGGGAACCCUAUGGUGAUCCCUACAGAGACCCAUACUACAGGGACUAUUACGAUUCUCCCGCCCCCAGAAAACCGCCUCCCCCCGCAGACGUAGAAGUUAUCCUGCUUAAUAAUAAAAUGAAAGGCUAUGGAGAAUUUAUUGAGAGAAAAAUAGUUGCUAAGUCUAUGACUGCAUUGUUGACCGUUAUACCGGAGGACCGUACCAUCCCCCAGAUGAUUGAGGAGGCGUCCAAGCGGGGGCAUCUGUUUGCUAUUGUCAUCAACAGUCAAAAUGAGGUUCACCAGUCCUUGACCCUAAACAUCCUGCAUGGUACCCCACAGGAACACAGAAACAUGCCGGUUGAAGAUGCAAUAACAUUGGUUGGACGCAGCUUUGAAACCUACAUGCAAACAGCUCGAGAGAAAGCCGCACCGGCGGCCCCACCUCCUCCCGAGAGAGGUGCCCCGCCCCCUUCUGCUCGAGCCCCUCCCCCUUUUCUGCCCCCAGGACCUGAUAUAACGUAUCUGUUAAACUUGUUAGCUGACAAUCGUCAGUUAACCUUAGAGGAAAUAGACAAAGUUAUUGGGUAUCUGAGGGAGAGAAGAGAUAAAAUGCUUGAAACAGAAGGAAGGAGACCACCCGAAGCAGGAUAUGGAGCCGGAGACCUGAGGAAGGAAGACAACAGCCUACAACAACAGCAGCAGGAGCUCCAAGCCAAAAUCCUCAGUAUUCUCAAUGGUCCAGGUGAAACUGGUGCACCUCAGGCCCCCAAACCAAGUCCCGGGUUAGGAGUGGGCAAUGGUGGUCCUCUAGGGGGAGGCGGUCAAUCGGGAAUGUCCUCUUUGAUCAAUUUUGAUAAUCCACACGUUCAGAAAGCCCUGGAUAACCUUAUCCAGAGUGGCCCCAAUCUGUUGAAGAAUAUUUCUUCACCACCAGCAAAUAAACCCGCAGGAGUGGGAAUCAUGAGCCGUGAGGGAGAGCCAAUAAGACGUGAGGGUCCCCCUGGCUAUGGAGGGAUGGCUGGCAGUGCCCCCAUGCAGCAGCAUGGUCAGGUCGGAGGUCAGGGAGGCCCGGGAGGAAUGCAGCCUUCUCAGAGGCUUAUGUACGGGAGUGGACCCGGAGCUGCACCCCCUAGACCAGGGGCCCCGGGGCAAGGAAUGAGACGAUACUGAUCCUCCAACAUUAUUUCACUGACAUGUCACCUUUCAUGUAAUAAAGUCAUUCAGAUCAUGCCCUCGAGAGAAUAACAUUUUAAUUCAUCCCUUCAUUAUUUUUAGAAAAAUAUGAGUGUUGUUUUGUAAAGCUCAGUUUUCACAUUGUUUUAUCGCCAUUCACAGCUGUUUGCUUAGCUGUUUAUCAUCAACAUACUAAAAAAAAAGAAAUGAAUAAAGAAAUCAAAGUAUAAA